AUGGCCGGAUUUCCGACCUCUGUAUCCGGCUUCACUGUGAUCCCCGUCACCUACUCGGAAUCGUCGACGCACGUACUCUACGCGCGAGCGCACACAGGAUCCAAGAAGUCGAAGGCGAAGGAAAAGGCAAAGCAGAAUCGUGAAUCCUUUCCUGAGGGGCGCACGCUGUUUCUGGUGAACGUGCCUCCAGACGCAACUGAACGUGAGAUCUCCCAAUUUUUCAAGGGCAGCGGUACCGUCGAAAGGGUAGUCUUUGAUGGCGAUACGGAGGCGCCAGAAGACCAAUUAGAACAAGUCAGCGAGAGUGAGGAUGAGGAGGGGGUUGAUGAGGAUAAUGCUGGCGAAGAUGAGAGUGAGGAGCGACCUAGGAAGAAGCGGUGGAAAUGGAAGGAGGUCGUUCCGCAGGUCACUCCUCUGCCUUCUCGGUCACUGCGAACACUACGGCGGACAGGCCGAACCGCGCAUAUCAUCUUCCUCGACGAGUCCUCCCUCUCUCGUGCCCUCUCGCCACCACCAAAAGCCAGACUAUGGCCCACAGACCCCUCCGCACCCUCCGGCCUCGCACACUACCAGGCACUGUACGAAUCUCUCCGGCCGCCGCUCGACGUCGUACGUGCACAUGCGGACACAUGGAUGGAGCUGUUUGAGUACGAGCAGGCGAAGAAGCGGCAGAAGAGCAAGUAUCUCAUGGGCGAGGCAGUCGUGGAUAAGGAUGGAUUCACGCUCGUCACGCGCGGCGGGGCGUAUGGAAAGACGCUGGGUGGAGGCGUCGGUGUGGCGAAUAAGAAGUUCCAAAGGGAACAUGGUGAUGCGGCGGGGAAGAGAAGCAGGAAUAAUAAGAAGAAAGAGAAGAAGGAGGCGUUCUAUGCGUUCCAGAUACAUGAGAAGAAACGGCAGGAGUUGCUCGACCUGAAGCAGAAGUGGGAAGAGGACAAGGCGAAGGUGGAGAAACUGAAGCAGUCCCGGAAAUUCAAGCCGUAUUAG